AUGGUGAUGCUGAGGAUUCAGAAAACAUAUAAAAGAGAUCCUCUCCUGCAUGUUAAACACACAAACACACCCAGUGUGGAUGCAGCUCAGAAGUCACCAGCCAUGUCUGCCUUUCACCUCACACUCUUGCUUUUAGCAGUGACCCUGGCCUCCGUGGCUGCAUCCGCAACCCAACGGGGUAAAAGGUCACUGAAGGACCUGCACGGAAUGAUCAAAUGUACCACAGGGAGAAACUAUAUUGACUAUAGUUCGUACGGCUGCUACUGUGGAGGCUGGGGGAAAGGCAAGCCUGUAGACCAGACCGACCGGUGCUGCUUCGACCAUGGCUGCUGCUAUGCUCAGGCCGAAAUAUGGGGCUGCAAGACCAACACGGACUACGACUGGGCAUGUAGAGACAGGACGACUCGUUGUGGAAUCACUAAUGACAAGUGUCAGAAGUUGGUCUGCGGCUGUGACCAACAAUUCGCCAACUGCCUGAAAGAUGCACGCUACAAUUUGAACUAUGCUGUUCUGCCGAACUCCCAGUGCUUUGGAAGCCAACCAUUGUGUGCCCAUAGACUCGGAAAAUGA